AUGUCCAGUGCCGAGAAGAGCCCGCACGUCUUGCUGACGGGCGCCAAUGGCUUUGUCGCCUCUCAUAUCCUGGCCAUCCUGAUAAAUCGUGGGUACACCGUGACUGCAACGGUGCGCUCGCAAGAGAAAGCGGAAGAUGUCAUUAGAACACAUCCAUCUUGGAAGAACAAGGUGAAUUUUGCAAUCGUCGCUGAUUUCACAACCGCCAAACCUUUCGACCAUCUCUUUGAGAACCCAAAGACGCCUUUCAAAUAUGUGAUCCAUACGGCAUCUCCUUUGAAGUUUCAAGUGUCUGAUAUCCAGAAAGAAAUGAUCGAGCCCGCAGAAAAGGGAACCACUGAGAUCUUGAGAGCCGCCCAUCGGCAUGGUGGAUCCGCGUUGAAGCGUUUCGUUCUAUUGGGAAGUGCCGUAGCCGUGCUUAACUCCUUCGAGGACAUGUCCAAGGAGGGCAAGCCGUACACGGAAAAGGAUUGGAACCCGGUGACGGCCGAGCAAGCAAUUGACAGAAAUGAUACCGUUUUGGGAUAUAACGUGUCCAAGAAAAGAGCCGAGGCUGUUGCGUGGACAUUCAUGAAGGAGAAUACUCCCUUCUUUGACCUGGCCGUGAUAUGUCCGGACAUUAUCAUUGGUCCUAUGAUUCACCCAAUCUCUGGUCCCAAAUCUAUCAAUCAGACCAAUCAAUUUGCCAUAGCGAGCUUCAUUGAUGGAACUCACAAGCAGAUUGAGGGAGUAACCUUCCCUUUCUACCAUUUCGUGGAUGUUCGAGAUGUGGCGCGGAGUCAUGUAGAUGCGCUGGAAAACCCUUCCGCGGCAAACCAGCGGAUUCUCCUCAUCUCUGGUCUAAUAACACCCCAACUGGUGGCCAACAGCAUCCGCAAAAACUUUCCUGCUCUUGCUGAUCGGGUCCCCGAGGGUAAUCCGUCCCAGAUAUUACCUCCCGGAGUCCAUCCAACAGGUUGGGAUAUGCGCGUGAGUCUGCGAAUCCUCGCCGACGGUACCAAGGAGGGUAAGUGGGAGUACAUUGACCUGGAGAAGAGUGUCGUUGAUACUGUCGACUCCAUGAUAAAGAAAUCUGUCAUCUAG